GAUCGAAGGAUAGGAAGCGUUUGUUUCAAUCAGAUAUGAAAGCUUUGUGCUUUGGAGGUGCAAUUUCAGGAGCGGUCAUUUGCAUGUUUAUCAAUGUUCUCCAAGAUAAUUUGAGAAAACACAAAAUGACAGACAUGAUCACUUUUGUUAAUCCGGCCAAGAUUGGCGCCAUUGGUUGUGGUACUCCGGCAGAGAGGUCACGUGCCCUGUCUCUUCGAUUCAAAAAUGCCAAGCCAGGCCAAGUUUUUCUUUUGCCAUAUCACCACACGAACCACUGGGCACUUACUGUGGUUAAUCCAGAUGCACAAAUGGUUUACCAUAUGGACCCGUUAAAGAGACGAAUCGCAAAUGAAGAAUGGACCGAAGUGGUUAACAAUGGCAUCAAAAUUUACAAGGAGGACCUGAAGAGGUUUGUUAAGAAGAAAAUAAAUUGGGAGAAUUUAGCGGGAGUUCCUGCCCAGACUGGGACCACUGAUUGUGGUCUUUUUCUAAUGCAUUAUAUGAAGGAAAUCUGUCUCGACAAGGAACUGAAGUUUGCAACAAAGUGGGCGCGGAGGACCAACAUUGUUUGUGAUACCGAUGACCUCAAUGAAAUGAAGUGUACGUGGGCGAAGUAUUUCAUGAGGCAGCAUGCUAGUUAAGCCGCUUACAUGACUGGUUUAUUUUAGGA